AUGGGGAAUACCUGCUGGAAGCGUCGUGUGGCUCCUGCCAAAGACGAUCCCCUAAAUAUUCUUCUAUUAGGCUUAGAUGGUGCAGGGAAGACAACCCUCGGUCAGAGUUUGCUAAAACCUCGCCCAACGGCUCCACCGAAGCCCACAACAGGCUGCCAAGUGUUCCCCCUUCGAGUUCACGGGCACCGCGUGGAGCUAACCGAAGUGGGUGGUCGUGAGGAUGUGCGACCCCUGUGGCGGCACUACUUCCUCGAUGCUCUCGGAUUAAUCUUCAUUGUGGACGGGAGCAAGUGGCAACGUCUAGCUGAAGCUCGUGACAUCCUCCAGCAACUCAUGCAGAAUGAACUUCUGCAGACAAAACCCCUCCUUGUGCUUGUCAACAAGCAAGAUCACCCCAAUGCCGUUGAUCAUCUCGACGUAAUUGAUUUCUUCAAUCUCUCAGACUAUGCGAAUGCCUUCAAGACCCCAACGCACGUUCUUGGCGUGUGUGCCCUCGAGGAGGCAUCAAAGAAUCGCACGACAGAAGGAAUAAAUUGGCUCGUAGGCAACAUUAAGACCAAUCAUGAUGCUCUCAGACGACGCAAUAACAUCUUGCGGGAAAUUGUGAAUCACAAAAGCAAAAAAGGACGAACAUCCAUCAUUAGGACACUCAGUGCUAGGGUCAGGAGGAAGAAACGUUCAUUAGGUCGAAAAUUAACCCGAAAGCGCCCCAAGACAGCUCCCACACCACAAGAUUGA